UACGACUGGAGCCAGAUCACCGACCUGGCAUGGGUGCCCCCGCAGCGGGUCGACGUAAUCUGCGCCGCACAUGCGGCAGGAGUCCGGGUAUUGCUGAAUGCCGAUGAUGUAUCCCUCGCCAUUGCCGACACGGACUUCCGCCGGAAGUGGAUCGCAAAGCAAGUGGACCUCGCUCGCUCGUACUGGUACGACGGAAUCAAUUUCGACCACGAGCUUCCCGCUAAGAUGGGGUCGGACCUGGCCCUGAACUACACCGCGUUGGUGAGGGACACGGCGACCGCCAUGCGACAGCUAAAUCCACAUGCCAAGAUUUCGGUUGAUGUUCCCUGGGCGCCUUUUGGUAAUGAUGGACGGGACUAUGACUACGUGGGCCUUGCGGCCGCGGCCGACAGAUUGUUCGUCAUGUCGUACGAUAUGCAAGCCCAGAUAUUCGGCCGCUGCGCCGCCGCCGCCAACAGCCCGCUGCCUCAGAUCCUGAAGGGUGUACGUCAGUACCUGGAUCUCGGGAUCUCCCCAAGCAAAUUGAUUCUGGGUGUAGCGUGGUACGGGUACGACUAUCCCUGCGAGCGGGACGAGCACGGUACGGCACCUGAAGCCCACAUCGAUGUCUGCCUCAUCCGCCCGGUUGAGUACCGGGGAUGCCCCUGCAGCGACGCAGCGGGGGCCCAGCGGGAUUACAAGGAUAUAAUGGCGCUGCUGCGAUCAGGACGCAACACCACAAGCCUGGUAUGGGACCCCCUAGCCGAGAGUCCGCGGUUCAACUAUGUGGACGAGAAAAGCGGUGCCGUACAUCAGGUUUGGUUUGAAACACCGGAGAGUCUAACUUUGCGAUAUGCGCUCGCGCGCGAUUUGGGUUUUCGAGGUGUGGGCGCCUGGAAUAUGGGAUCCCUGGAGCAUUCGGAAGGCGCAGAGCCGGCGGCCCGCGCGGAGACAAGCGCCAUGUGGGGCGUGGUGAAGACGUUCACAGGCGGUCCAUGA